UCACACUAAACAAUGUUUGGUCUUUUAAGCCCUUUUCAGUGAAUGACAAAAUCAUCCACUUGUGCUGCUGUUGCUGUGUUCGCAGGUAAGGCGAACUGCCCUUACUAUGCCAAAGCUGAACUCCUGGCUGACUAUCUCCAGACUAACUUACCCAACUUCAGGGUUCACAAGAUUACUCAGCACCCUGACAAGUGGGAGCAGUGGCUUCAUGACAUUUGUGAAACAAAUGGAUGGGAACACAGACAAUGUCCUAUCAUUUGGAGAGAACUGUUGGACCGUGGAGGGAAGGGUCAGCUUCUGGGAGGACUUAAUGAUUUUCUGGAAUAUGCUCAGCGAUAUUAUGGCAUCACUUCAAUGAUGCUGAGUGAGAAAAUGUUAGACAUUGCUGAGGAGAACCUGCAGGCACAUCUUGAAAUUGUCAAAGAGGAUGAAGAGAUUAAAAGUCUCAUCAAGCCUAUGCAGAUCUGGAUCACCAGUGCAUCAGUUCCCAUCUGUUAUCAUCUGAUCCCUCUGUUGGCAAAUGGAGAAGUGUUUGGGAUGACCACAGAAAUCAGUAUCCAUUUGCUUGACAAUGACCAGUUUAAGGAAAUUCUUCACGGUAUCGUAAUGGAAGCUGAAGACAUGGCAUUCCCACUUCUCCGCAGUAUUUCAGAGCACACAAAAAUAGAUCAGGCUUUUAUUGAUGCUGAUAUUAUCAUUGUUCUUGAUGAUGUCCUCUUAAACCUUGAAGUCCAGUCCCGAGAGAGCUACAUCAGAGAAGUGAGUGAGAUCUGCCAAGUGUAUGCUCCCUUGAUUGAGAAGAAUGCCAAGAGUGAGGUCAAAGUCAUUUCAUCAGGAAAAACCUUUACAAACCUUAAGGCAACAAUGUUAAGGACAUAUGGCCCAUCCAUUAGGCCUGAAAAUAUCAUUGCCAUUGUGACAUCCUGGGAAAGUGCAGCUAAAGCCACGCUGGCCAGGAAGCUGAAUAUGAAUCCAGCAGGAGUUAAAGAUGUGAUUGUUUGGGGCAAUAUUUCUGGGUCUAACUACAUUGAUUUGUCACAUGCAAAACUCUAUGGAUAUGACUGUGCUAUUUGGGGCCCUCCUAAUUUUCAACGUCCUUUGUUGAAUAUGAUUUAUGAUAGCGAAUGGAUCCAUUCAGAAUUGCAGUCUGCACAGAGUGCACUGAGUUCCCGGGUGUCCCGUUGUACAGCCAUGUUACCUGCUCACGCGAUAGCCACGGUGCUGCGAUACUGGUACCAUGGCUCUCCUUCUGAGGAGAUCAUUUCUGUGGGAGUACUGAGUGAAGGUCAGUUUUGCAUUCCUGGAGGAAUUAUCUUCUCUAUGCCAGUGAGGUUUCUGAAUGGUAACUGGGAGGUCAUGACAGAAUUAGAAAUUAAUGAAACGACCCAAAAAGUUCUGGAACACUUAUCCCAUGAGCUGGUUCAGGAAAAACUCAUUGCACUGAAGGAAAUAAAUGAAAUGAAUCCAUAUGAAGCAGAAUAAAAACUCCAC